CCUAUAGAAGAAAGUCAAGCUAAUAAGUCAGCAUUUCAAAAAGCGAUUAGAACGGAAAGAUUCACAUAGACUUUAAGUUCCCCUUUUCAGUUUUCACUCACCGCCACAACGGAUUUCGCUCAAACUCUUGAAGCAUUUUAGAGCCUUCGUUUUAAGUCUCGUAAUAGGCUCAGUUUCUGGUAAAAAAAGAAAACAUUAGCAAUAGGAGGUGAUAAAGAAGGUCGGUUUUACGUUUCUUUCGCAUUUUUGAAGGACUAAAAGGAGUAAGGCCGUACGCUGUUCUGGAGUCUGGAUUUGUCUCUGUAAUCUCAGUUCGUCGAUUAUCUGUGGCCUUUGUUUUCUUGACUUCGGUUUCAUCAAUGACGUGGUGGAAUUUGAGAUCCGUCCCUUUCCUUGAGAAUUUUAGACGGGUUCCCCUGGCUGAGAGAGAAAUGAGGGAAGUCCAGCUGGGAUCACAUACUGUUAGGUCUCAUGGAGUUUCUGUGGCGAGGACACACAUGCAUGACUGGCUGAUUCUCUUCCUUCUUGCUGUGGCAAUAGUUAUUCUGAAUGUUAUUAACCCCUUUUACCGUUUUGUUGGGAAAGAUAUGAUGGCUGAUCUGAAGUACCCUUUCAAGAACAACACCGUUCCAUUCUGGGCAGUACCUGUGUAUUCUGUUUUGAUGCCAAUAUCAAUCUUCCUGGGAUUCUAUUUUCGUCGAAGGGACGUCUUUGAUCUUCACCACGCAAUACUCGGGCUUUUAUUUUCUGUUCUAGUGACAGGAGUUAUCACAGAUGCUAUCAAAGAUGCAGUUGGUAGACCUAGACCAGACUUCUUUUGGCGGUGUUUUCCAGAUGGGAAAGAUACUUAUGAUAAAUGGGGAAAUGUCAUCUGCAGUGGACUUAAAAAUGUCUUAAAGGAUGGGCAUAAGAGUUUUCCAAGUGGGCACACCUCUUGGUCUUUUGCGGGUCUUGGCUUUCUGUCACUAUAUUUAGCUGGAAAGGUAAAAGUGUUUGACAGCCAGGGGCAUGUUGCAAAACUGUGUGUUAUAUGGGUUCCUCUGAUAGCUGCUUCCUUAGUUGGGAUUUCUAGAGUGGAUGACUAUAGGCACCACUGGCAGGAUGUGUUUGCUGGUGGUUUACUUGGGCUAACAGUUGCCACAUUGUGCUACUUACAGUUCUUUCCACCUCCACAUCAUGUCCAAGGUUGGGCAACAUAUGCAUAUUUUCGGGCACUGGAGGAGUCCAACAAUGGCGGAGGAGGGACAGCUGAAGUUCGAGCUGAAAACCAAGAAGGUGAAAGAGGUCAUCCUGAUACAUUCACGGGGAUUGCUUUAGCUGAAUGAUUGGCCCUUAAUAUUUUGAGUUAGGGAGUGGCGGAAGUAGGUGUUCUUGACUACUUGAUCAGUUGAAACCAGAAGAGUGGCAUGUGGAUGUGUAAUAUGGGUCUUUGUAUAUAUAUAGUAGCGGAGUAUAUAUCUGUUCUUACGAAGUACAGUAGGUAUUAGGUAAUGAGUAAUGACUGGUGGGGUUGAAGCAAACUAUUUUUAGUUCGAAACACAAUCCCAGUUUUGCUUCAUUAUUUUCUCCACUGUUUCUCCUCAUGCAGUACAUAUUUUAAAACUGUUACACACUUACACUACCUUCUUAUUUAUACGAAGCACUAUAUCAUUAUAUAUAUACCAG